UGUUUUGCCGUGGCGAUGCUUCCUCUGCUGCAGCUAACAAGAAAAUACCAAACAAUGAAAUACUACGAGGAGGUGAAAGAGGAAGAGGACAAACGUCCCUGUGCUGGCUUGCGAGCAGACCUGAAGGCUUGUCUCCUAGCAACAGACUGUGUGAGGCUGCACCGCAAGACCCCGCGGGAGUGCCUCAUCUCCAAUGAUCCUUCCAUCCCUCAGGAAUGCUUUGCUCUGCGUACAACUUUCUUCGAGUGCAAGCGAUCUCUG